AAAAAAAAAAAAAAAAAAAAAAAAAAAAGAAAGAGAGUGACUCUAUUCAGGAACCGACCAACCAACUCAACUGUUUUAUUUAUUUCUGUAAAAAAAGAUCCAUGGUUGUACUCAAUGUCAAAUGGGCCCGUGAGAAAAAGUCGUUUACUUUUUCUGAUAGAGCAUUAGCAGAUGUCAAACUAGGAGAGCUCCGUCAACAAUGUCAUGAAUGGACAAAGGUCCCCAUUGGAGGUAUCACCUUGAUCUACUCCGGUGCUACCAUGAAGGACGACAAUGCGCCCUUGUCCUGCUUUGGUAUCAAACCUAACGGACAAAUCACCAUGAUGGGUACAAAGCCCUCGAAAACCGACAUCCGCACAUUGACAACGACAGGCAAUCCAGAAGAAUAUGCAAUCAUUGUCAAGAUCCAAACUUCUUUGAAAAAGGCCACUGACCUUGCUGCUGAACACAUUCCUCGAUAUGAGCAGGCUGUUCAAGAUUAUAUUCAAUCCAAUCAAUCCAAUCAAUCUAGUGGAAAAAACCCUCGUGUUGAUCUAAAUCAUCCAGAGACUUUAUCACCAGCUCGCAAAGCCCUUCAAGACGCCUAUGUCCUCUUGUCUGAAUCCUUACUUCAAGCUCUCCUAGUCUUCGAUGGUGUCGUCUGUCAACAAGGCUUUGAAGUCGCCCGUGGUACCAGACGAGAGGCCGUCAAAGAAACUCAGAGACUAUUGGAUAUCAUUGAUGAUCUCAACGCCAGGGUCCAAUCUUGUGAUGAUCAGGCUGCUCUCGCCGUCGAGAAUCCAUAAAUAAUAAUAAUAACAUUCAAUAUUUGAAUUGCUUUUUUUUUUUAUUAUUAUUAUUCUGAACACGGUAUGAUAAUUAGUGGAAGAGAGGAAAUGAAAACAAACAAACAAGUAAACAAGAAAAAUAAGAAAACAAUGAAAAGGCAAG